AUGUCAUCUCUCUUCAAAUAUUCUGCGGUUCUGCGGAUCAUCAAGGCGCGUGAGCACUGUCACAGAUUGAAGAAAGAGAAGAAGAAGGUGUUCAAAAAUAAUGCAGAUGACAUCAUCUGUGAGAGAUUGAAGAAGAAGACAGUGAAGAGUCUUAUACAGCAGUAA